CUUAGGGCUUCAUUUAGCGAGUGUGAUGGUGCUACCCAUAUUGAUGCACUUGCCUGGUCAUGGUGCCUUGAGGUUUAAGCGUAAGGAUCCUCACAAGAAAACCUCCUUUAUGUUUAAAGUGAAGGCCUUGUUAACAUGCCGUACCUUUAUUUUCUGCAUAAUUGGAUAUGGAGCAGGAAUGUUUGCCUAUAGAGGGGUGACUGUAUGGGGUCCCACCUUACUGAAGACAAGUCGGAAUGGAACUCAAAUCCAAGUGCCCUGUGUCGCAUCUAUUUGCACUUUUGACGACAAGAUCAUCUUUGCUGUAUUAAAAUCUUUUUCUGAUGCAAUUGGCCUCACGGUCAGCGCAUUAAUCAGCGGCAAAGUGGUGAAGGCAAAUGCUCACAGACUCCCUCUGAUAAGUGCCGUUACACUUCUAACAGCUGGCCACAUGAUCGGCUGUGGUGUGGUCUGGACAAGAAUGACUAUUAUUAUACCCUAUGUGAGUAUUGUACCUGAGCUAACGUGCAUAUAAAAACACUUUCAGAAA